UUCACUGACAUUCAUACAAAUAAUAAUAGAAUGAAUACAACAUUGUCAAGAAAGAUACAAAAGGUGUUGGAGAUUAAACUUGACUCAUCCAACUCUGAGUUGGUACAUUCAUUGGAUGAGUUAUCAAGUUUCUACCAAACAAACACACUCAAUGCUAGAAGGAACCUUAGGAAUGACAUUGAGAGGCGUUAUCUAGAUAUAAACACUCAGUUCUUGGAUCAAUUCACUCUUUUAAACAAUGUAAUAUCACAAGCCAUCCAGACCGAGCAGCCAGAGAUGCCCAGUGGCGCACUGUUGCCACAAUCUCUGAGCGCGCUGCAGGAGCGUCCCCUGCUGCUCACCUUCUGUCUGGAGGAGAUUGGAGAGUAUAGAUGCAAGUGUCUCACCAGCUCAUUCAUCACCGCGCUCACAAUGGGCGGACACAACGGCACACCACGACCAAUCGAGAUCAAUGCUCAUGAUCCCCUGCGAUUCCUUGGUGACAUGUUGGCCUGGAUUCACCAGACCCUGGCUUCAGAGUACGAACUACUCUCCGCUCUGCUCGGCAGGAUCACAAUCACAGUCCCAUCAAAGAAUGACGACAUUGACUUUGGGGAUGCUUCUCAGUUGACUGCUGGCGGACAGCAGGAUGAACUACAGCACCAGAUCAAGCCAAUUGACAAAGUGCUUGACAUUGGCUUCGAGGCGGUGAACCGUCCGCUCACAGUGAGAGUCGAGCAGAUAUUACAAUCAAAGCCUGGCAUCACCACUAUAUAUAAGAUGAUCACAUUGUUGGAUUUCUACUCGAGGAUUGCAUCAUCGAUCGUUACCAACAAGACAUCACGUGUCAGUUCCAUAAUGAACGACAUCAAGCACACCUGUCUCAACAGCUUCUUCACUCUGAUCAAGGACAGCUUUGAAAAGAUACAUCGAGCGCCUCAAACACCUUCAAUCGAACUCGUCCCGACCAACGAGAUCAAAGAGUCCAUCAAUAAGCUGAAGGAACUUAUUACAACAUUCAAUGGAUCACUUGUUCCUGAUAGCGAGCGCGAGGAGGAGUUCAAGCCAAUACUCACAUCAAUGGUGGACCCAAUCGUCAACUUGGCAACUGUGUGCGCCACAACUUCAAAGUUGCCAAUGGCCAGCAUGGCAGUGUACAUUAUUAAUAGUCUCAGUCUGUUGCAGUCGACACUGUCACUGCAUAACUUCACCAAGAGCAGGAUGGACAUUCUGGUCGGACAGAUUGACGCACACAUGGACACGCUGGUCGAGGAGCAGACGUCCGAGCUGCUUGGCCAGCUUGGCCUGUCGCACAAGAUCAGCAUACUUCAAUAUCACGACAGCACGAGCGAGGGCAAGACCCCUCUGUCACAGGUCGCGGGCAUGGACCGUCUGUCCAUCACGCAAUGUCUGCGCCAGUUUGACACGACGCUGGAGAGCUCAUUCGGCUCGCUGGCCAUGCCAGCCUGCGACAAGAUAUCAAACACAAAGUUGAAGAACCUGGCCAAAUUGAGCGUCACCAAUCUGAUCGUCUCUGCCUACUCAUCACUCUACACCAACAUCCGAGAUCCAACCAAUCAAUACGACGACUGCAAUUCAAUCUUCCAAUAUACUCCCGAUCAAAUCAAGAAGAUGUUA